UAACGUUAGUCGUUAAAAUGUUACGCUUUAGUUUGUACCUCUCGUUACUUGUGUUUAUUAUGUGUGACGAAUUUAGAAAAACUUACACCAAUAUACCCGUUGAUUCACAUCAUUAUUGUGUUGUUAACAAAUUUCAAAAACCAAUUUUUAAAUGCUUUGAAAGCGAAUAUAUUGAUUCAGGAUUCAAUGCUACUCAUUCUUGGUACACGAAAGAUAAUUUAAAAUGCGCGGCUUCCAUUAAAAGUAUUAAGAAAUACGCAAAGUUUUGUACCAAGAGGUUUCGUCGUGGUAUUAUAGAAGGGGUGACUGUACCUGCAAAAAAUGGAAAAGAUAAGAAAGGAAACCCAAUAAAAAAUGGGAAUGUAUUUGAUUAAAAUAUAAAGAAAUUUUUUUCAAUUUACUAUGUUCGUUAAGGAAACUAAUAAAAUUUGAUACAGGCAUAAAUAAAAAACAAAAUACAAUUAAUAUUAACAACAAACUGUUAUUAAUCAAUUUUGGAAACUGUAUAACAUUAUUGUUAUAUUUAUGUAUUGCUCGAUUUCAACCCCCUAAAAUCUUAAACCGAAUUGUUUUGUUUGAAAAUGGUAUAUUUUGCUGAAACAUUGAUAGAAUGUUAAUUUUCAUAAAGAAAAGUUUUUCAUUAAAAUAACAACAUUUCUUAGUACUCGGAAAUUUUGUUGAGGAUCUACAAUUAAAUAGAUUUAUGUAAAAACAAAGAUAUAUUGCUGGAAUUUUUCAAGAUUUAAAUCAGUAUAAAAAAGAUUUUCUCAUUUCUAUAAAUAACACGAUAACAAAGAUUGAAAUAUUAAGCCAACAAAACAGCCUUGAAAAUCAUCUAAGAAAAACAACAUCUUCAUCUUCCCAUAACUAGUUGUUACAAUGAUUCGGUCCGGUUUCUUCUUGUGCAUUUUAACAGCUUUGUUGACGUAUUCGGAAGAAUAUGUAAAAAUAGAGAUUGAUUCUAAUACAGUUUGCUUUUUGGGGGAAAAGGAUCGUAAAUCCCCAAUUUUUAAUUGUGGCGAGAACGGUAACAUAGAGUUAGUCAGAAAAAAAUUGAAAAAUCAGAACUAGAGAUAGUAGAAGGAAAUCAAUUUGGGAUAGCGUGUGUCUCCAAAUUCAACAAAAUUGGUAUUAGGGAUGAAUUGUCUUAUUUUGUUCUGGAAUUUCGCAUUCUUUCUGACUUACUUUGCAUAUUUAUAAAAUUUCUAAUUUAAAUUUUUUUUAUAUAAAAUAAGAUAAUAUCAGCUUAAAGUUUAAUUCUACUCACUCUUGGUUUAUUGAAAACAAUCGGAAAUGUGUAGCUACAAUAGAAAAUAUAAAGAAGAACGUGUUUUGUCGUGAUAAACGUUUUUAUUUUAGUUCACCUGGAGAAUUUCAUAACGUAGUUACUCCUUGUAAUUAAAAACAAAAUAACAAAGUUUUUCUGAAUAAUCUGUUUUUUAUAAUAUUUUAGCUAAAAAUGGUAAUAAUCGACAAACUGGACAACCUCUUAAAUCUAGUGACACAUUUAAUAAUUAACCCCUAUGUAUGUACACAUCGUACAUAUCAUGUUUUUUAUUAUUUCGCCAAUUUUGUUUUAGGAAUUAAUCUUAGUACAGAGAACAUAAUUUAAAAUGUAUUGCCACUUGCCAGAAUACAAAAUAUAAAUAAAAUAGCCUAUUUUUAUAUCACAAA